GUCCCUCGCCCUCGGCUUCAGCCCGUCGCCCCAAGAUGGCGGACACAAUGAGCUGAUAUCGCGCCGGUUGCCCGUGAGCCUACCGUGAGGAGAAAUGGUCGGCAAGGCCUUCACAGUCUAGGCAGGAGAACGUUGCACGAACAGGAGGAGGGAGAGGAGAAGGCGGCCCGACUGUCGGCCGCCCUCCCGUUCACCGCUAGUGCGGCACCCGCUCCUUCUGGGUCGGCCCCUCGGCAGCCCGCCCGCUCGUUCGCCCGCUCGUCGCGGGGCUCCGCCCCGGCCCUGCUCCGCUGCUGCCUCCUCCAGCAGCCGCCGCCAUGAAGCUGACAGACGGCGUGCUGCGGAGCUUCCGCGUCGCCAAGGUGUUCCGUGAGAACUCGGACAAGAUUAACUGCUUCGACUUCAGCCCUAACGGCGAGACGGUCAUCUCAAGCAGCGACGACGACUCCAUCGUGCUCUAUGAUUGCCAGGAGGGCAAACCAAAGAGAACCCUGUACAGUAAGAAAUAUGGCGUGGACCUCAUCAGAUACACUCAUGCAGCAAACACAGUCGUUUACAGCUCUAACAAAAUAGACGAUACUAUUCGUUACCUGUCUUUGCAUGACAACAAAUACAUCAGAUAUUUUCCUGGACAUAGCAAAAGGGUGGUGGCCUUGUCCAUGUCACCUGUGGAUGACACUUUCAUUUCUGGGUCUCUUGAUAAGACCAUUCGACUCUGGGAUCUCCGAUCUCCUAACUGCCAGGGCCUCAUGCAUUUACAAGGCAAACCAGUUUGUUCUUUUGAUCCAGAAGGGUUAAUUUUUGCUGCAGGUGUCAAUUCUGAAAUGGUCAAACUUUAUGACCUUCGCUCUUUUGAUAAGGGGCCAUUUGCAACGUUUAAGAUGCAGUAUGAUCGGACUUGUGAGUGGACAGGACUUAAAUUCAGCAAUGAUGGCAAACUCAUCCUCAUCUCCACCAACGGCAGCUUUAUCCGUCUCAUCGAUGCAUUUAAGGGAGUGGUGAUGCACACGUUUGGGGGUUAUGCCAACAGCAAAGCUGUCACAUUGGAGGCCUCAUUUACGCCAGACUCCCAGUUUAUUAUGAUCGGUUCAGAGGAUGGCAAGAUCCAUGUCUGGAAUGGAGAGAGUGGUAUAAAAGUAGCUGUGUUGGAUGGCAAACAUACAGGCCCCAUUACCUGUUUACAGUUCAACCCCAAGUUCAUGACCUUCGCCAGUGCAUGUUCCAACAUGGCCUUCUGGUUGCCCACCAUUGAUGACUGACCCUGAUGCUGUUCUGCUGUUCCUGUACAGUGAGGGUGGCCAGCAGGAAAAGAACCAGACUGAGAUAAUAGUGCUGUUGGAUCAUUUCACUGGGCUGGAGAGCAUCCUUCGACAUGGCCUUCCCAUGGAUGUGCUGUACCUCUGCUCAAAAGAAAAAAUACUUUGCCAAGCUUCUUCAAAAGGAUUCUUGGUGCAGCAUUUUUAAUUGGGACAGAUUUUCUAGUUGUCAACUGCACCGAGCUCCUCCAGAGGAAUGACCAGACUCAUGAUUAGGGUAUAGUGAGGCCUUUAAGGCACCUUCAGUUUUGAAUGUAUUUGCUGCUGAGGAGCCGGUAAAGUUAUUAAUUCUGCACAUCCCUUCUCCCACCCCUGUAAAUGCAUGGGAAGCCACAGUUCUGUUUUUGAAAUGCUAGAGCAGCUCAGUGCCCCUUGCCCUUACUCUGCAUGUCUUGUUCUUGGGUUUCUCUGUGUCAUUGUGGUAUAACCCACAACCAUCAUGUUACUUAGGUGCCAAACAUUUACAGAAGUAAGUCUUCAUGUAUCUUGGGGUCAAAAAGGGACAGAUGCAGAAAGAUCUUGCUUGCCAGGAAGCCUUGCAAGUUAGUCAUUUGAGUGUGGGUGAUCUAGACAUGCCUCAGGCUCUGGGUUUUGGGUGGGAAAAGGCUCAAGAGUUUGAAAGGGAGGGACAGGUAGCAGAUGAGCUCCUAGGGCUGGGGUGUUUAGCAGUAACCUAGUGUGGUCUCUUUUCAUCAAGACAAAUCGAUAGUGGUCCUGGGUGCCUACCCGGUGUGGUGGUGUACAAAAGCAAGGUGGGAGUCUAUUUUUGUACAAGAUACAUCACACUUUCCUGUGGGCCAGUAUUGUGGAGUGAGUCUGAGUUGUUUACACUGAUGCCUUCCCUGCCCACCACAAAUUGUGUACAUAGUCCCCUGAUGAUACCACCCCCUUCCCCAGCCCCCAACCAUGAGCUGGCUCUAGGCCUGUGUUAUAUGUUAUGUUUAGUAUUUUUAUAUACGACCUGGGAUUUCUGUUGUUUGUAUUUUAGCACAGUGUGUACGCCAUCAUUUAAAUAUAUCUGUGUAUGUGCAUACAUAUAUAUGUGUGUAUGCACAUAUAUAUAUAUAUGCAUUUAUAAUAUGCAUAUAUAUAUAUAUAUAUAAAAUACCUGUUGUUUUCAGAGAUUAGCUGAAGGACAUGGAGUUCUGCAGCCCGGGGGAAAGACUGUGUUCUUGCUAAUAGUGUUUGCCACAAGUGUUAGUAAGUCUUCCCUAUUACAUUUCUUUUUUUCCUUCAGGAGACUGAAUGAAGCAAAGCUUCAAGUGUUUGCUAAUCCCACGGCAGCUAAGUGAGGGUCUUGGGAUGACUCUCGUGUUCCUUAAGCCGCACUUUGGGGCCCUCUGUGCAGUAUUAGCCCCUCUUUUGCUUGGUGAUGCUCUGUCUGCACCUAUAUAUGUGUGACAGUCACUUUUGCAUGCCUUCUGUGUCUGGCUUACAGUAUUUGGGGACAGAAUGCUGGAACCAGGCCAUUUUCAGUUUGUCUGAGGCUUCUUUACCAAUUAUAGGUCACUUCUGUUUACCUCUUAUGUCUGCUUUCUUCUUUUCUUUGCCUUCUCCUGGGAGAGGGGUGGGUCCUGAUCAGGGUUGAGUUGAGCUAUGGCUGGCUUAUGGCUUUUUCCUCCCCUGCAUGGCCUUCUUAGAGCAGGAUGAAUUGCAUGUCUUUUCACUAAAUUCCCAAACGUUUAAGCAGGUUCCCUGCACAUCCAGAAACAGCCUAAACAAGGUUAUAACUUGUCUAAGAGGACUUGCCCAAGUGCAUAGCUGCUAGGGGGAAAGCAAGCCAUUACUGCCUCUGUUCAGCAGCAGGAAUAGGCCAUUGAUUGCAAGCAAUUACUGUUUUGUUUUAGUAAUUACUUUUUAUUUUUAAUCCUCAUCCAAGGAUAUGUUUAUUGAUUUUAGAGAGAGGAAAGGAGAAAGAGAAACAUUGAUUUGUUGCCUGUAGGUGCCCUGACUGAGGAUCAAACCCACAAUCUGACCAGGGAUUGAACCUACAACCUUUUGGUGUAUGGGAUGAUGCUCCAACCAACUGAGCCACCUGGCAAAGGCAGCCAUUAUUUUUUGACUUCUUCCUCAAACUUGAAGGUCAAGGGGCAUGUAUGCAUCUUUCCCAACAUGACUAGAACCUGUAGCUUCUGUGAUAUCCACUGUUUAUAGCUCUGCCAUCUCAGAGUAGGGGGACUUGUAGAAACCAACUAGUCUGAGCUGUUAACUCGCACUCCUGGCUUUCCAGGGUAGAAAAUUCAUGGUAGGAAAACUGUUUAGAGUACUUGGAACUGAGUUAACAAGAAAACCUGCUUAAUUAACAUCUAUAAUGAGGGCAGCCACCAAGCAUGACUUGUCUGUUAGCAAGAAAAUGAUUUGUAUUUAGCUGUUUGUCCAAAGCUGAGAUACCACGUCCUUUAAAAAUGUGCACUGCACGACCUCUGUUUAUGGGGACCCGUGGCUGCAGAGUUGGGAAGGAAAGGGAAAAGAUGCAGCUGGAAGUGACUGGAGAUGAUGUGUGGUGGGAAUGUCAGAAUAAAGGGAGAAAAAAGGCUGUGGGCCAGAGAGGCUGAGGGCUGGGGCUGCAAGGAUGCUCUCAGUGGGAGCCAGAGGUGCUUGAGUGCUCGGUGGGAAGGAACUCACCACUCCAGUCAGGGCCAAAGCCACCGACUUGUAUGUGACAGUAACACUGCACUACUCAGCCAUCAGCCAGUGGGUUAUUUUUUUAAGGAAAAACUUCCCUGUUGCAAUUAUAAUUAAUGCUUAUUAAAAGAAAAUUUGAGAAUUUUAAAAAGAAUCAGUUUGCCACCCAAAUGCUACCACUGUUAAUCUUUUGGUGUUAAAUGUUCCUCUAGACACUUCUGUGUGUAGAUUUCUGGUGUGUUUACAUAGUUGUUAUUCUACUGUAUAUACAAUUUUAUGUUCCUUUUGUACUUAACAUAAACAUUUUUUUCCAUGUUAUCUGUCUUAAACAGAA